AUGGUGACAGUAAUUGCAGAGACAUUGACGAUAGAGUCGUUCAAGGAAUAUGGAACGAUUAUCUCGCCAGAUGAAGAAAUAUCGAGACUUCACAGUCUCGAGAAAGGUGCGAACCAGGGGACUGCAAUCAAACUGCUUCAAGUAAGCCGGGUAGAGAACGGGUCUACUAAAGAAGCUCCUAAUUGGAACUUAUUCCGUUGCUUCCCACAACCACACCUGAAUAGAGCGUUCGCUCAAGGCUCUAAUCAGGGAAUUUCUCAUUCGAUUAAAGUACUUGAAAAACAUCCGUGUAGUUCGCAGACGUUUGUGCCCAUGGGGAGGGCGUCCGCUGAAGUAGCAUACUUGGUAGUAGUCGCUAAGGAAUUUGAAAAUAAACCGGACUUGUCUACGUUGAGGGCCUUUACGUGUUUAGGUAAUCAAGCUGUCACCUAUGGCAUAGGCGUCUGGCAUGCGCCCAUGAUAGUGCUUGGCAAGCAAGAGCAUUUGGACUUUGCAGUCUUGAUCUACGAAAGCCUAGAGCAAGAGAAGCCCGAGAAGGACUGUGUGGAAGUACACUAUAACGAUGGUGACAUUUAUAUCACCGUCUAG